AGAGAAUUCCGCUGUAGACGAGAUCUUUGGUGUCUGCUCCUCGUAUGAAAUGUGCUCAUGUUUUAAGGCUGCUGUUAAAACAUUUACGAUAAGAUAGUCGCAUCGAGUACUUUUUAAUCUCUGUCUAUGGCUUCUGUAGAAGAACUUGAUCAGCUAGACAGCGGAAUGGGCAGCAGUGACAUGCGCUCCCCUGAAAUAAAAUUUUUGUUCGACGACGACGACGAGAAUCUCAACGAGGAGGAUGAGAGUUUAACCGAAAGGUUAAUCGGGCUGACCGAGAUGUUUCCAAAAGAAGUACGUAACUUCGGAUACAGUUUUGGAUCAUGCUUAAGUACUUGCAUAAAAGGUUUAUAUGCAUAUUCCUGCUCAGCUACGUGGCUGAUAGUUAGUUCAUCUGUCAUCCUAUUUGCUCCAGUACUCUUUGAAAUAGAACGUGCCCAAAUGGAAGAAAUGCAACGUAGUCAGCAGAAGCAAGUACUACUUGGUCCGAGCUCAGCCGUUUCCAAUUUAAGUUCACCCAGCCUUCCAAUUGCACCGCCUGUGCAGCGAUAAAUGCGUUACAUAUAAAAUCACAAAAUACAAAGAAGCCAAGAACAUUUUCCAUCAUUAUCAACUUUAUUCCUCUAGCACUCUAUGAAUUGUAAAACCCUUUCUAUGUGUCAUAUAAUACAAUUAGCUUACUGGGUACAGCUCACCAAAAUUAGAUCUCUGCCUGCACAUUAAUGUGAUAAUAAUAAACAUAACCAUUCACAAUGAAAAUCCAGUUAUUAGAAACAAACUAUGUAAUUGAUUAUAUGAGGAUUAUGUUUUAGAGUAAUUUUUAUUUACUUGUUUCCUUGAAAUAAAAGGAGUAUCAUUUUA